AUCACCCUCCCAUAUUUUCAUCAUCAAUUUUAUUAUCAAAAAAUAAAACAAAUUGAAGUAGCCCAUCACUACUACACUUUUUUCUACUCUUUCCAUCUCCACCACUAUUUCCAAUGGCCAUUCUACCUCAACGUCACCACCCCCGAAUCCUCAACCAAAUCGCCCCUCCCACCCGCAUUCACUCCUCCGCCACCGCCCCGCCUCGUCCCCGCCGCCCAAAUCCCUCCCCGAUAACCCUCGCCCCCGGCCCGCCACUCCCCAACGACCCAACCCUCCGCUCAAACUGGUCCCACCGCGCAUGGCUGGCCAGCGGCUGCACCACCGUCCUCAUCUCCCUAUCCAAGUCCAUCGAAGCCGCCGCCGUCUCCCACACCUACCUCGAGCCGAUCCUCGCCGCCCUCCUCGGCUACGUCCUGGCUGACCUCGGCUCCGGCGUCUACCACUGGGGCAUAGACAACUACGGCGGCGCCGAGACGCCCGUGUUUGGCGCCCAGAUCGACGCAUUCCAGGGCCAUCAUAGGUGGCCGUGGACCAUCACGCGCCGCCAGUUCGCCAACAACCUGCACGCCCUCGCCCGCGCCGUGGCGUUCACGGUCACCCCCAUAAACCUCAUAUGCGGAGACGCGACGGCGCUGGCGUUCGUGGCGGCAUGCUCGGGGUUCAUCAUGUUCAGCCAGCAGUCCCACGCGUGGGCGCACACGACGCGGAGCAAGCUGCCGCCAUUAGUGGCGGCAUUGCAGGACGCCGGGGUCCUCGUGUCGCGGACGCAGCACGCGGCGCACCACCGCGCGCCGUACAACAACAACUACUGCAUCGUGAGCGGGGUGUGGAAUGAGGUGUUGGAUGCUUCUAAAUUCUUUGAGAUUUUGGAAAUGCUGAUUUUCUUUAGGUUUGGUGUGAGGCCCAGGUCUUGGACUGAGCCCAACGCUGGUUGGACCGAGGAAGAUGAAGCUGAAGCUGAAGCCACAUCUUUAUUAUCCUAAUUAAUUUAUUUAUUCAACCCUUUUUUUUCUUUUUAUAUACAUAUGGGGAAUAAUUGAUUGAGGAUUUGGCAGGGAAUAUUCAUUAGUUGGAGAUAGUUUUUGUUUUAUGUGAAAUUUGGUGCAUGUAUUUGUAUAGGAACGUUUCAAAUUGAAAUUGAAGUGAUGAGGUGAUUAUCCACUGAUGAUUUGUGGUCA